AUGAAGAGGAACGGCGAGACGAAGCGGCGGAGGAACGUGGCGGAAGAAGCAGAACAAGGAGGAGAAGAUCCGGCGAUGUGGGAGAAUCUAGAUCGGAAUUUCAGACAAGUGCAAUCAGUUUUAGACAGAAACAGAUCGUUGAUUCAACAAGUCAACGACAAUCACCAAUCGAGAAUGGCUGAUAAUAUGUCCAAAAACGUCGCUUUGAUUCAAGAACUUAAUGGAAACAUCUCUAAGGUUGUUUCUAUGUAUUCUGAUCUCAAUACUAAUUUCUCAUCGGCUUUUCACGGUGGAAAAAACGGACAAGAAGGUGGUGGUGGUGCUUCCGGAACCAGAGCUAAUUAA